CCCUCCCCGGCACACAGAGGCAGGCGCCUCCCACCGCCGCCUCCCCUAAUCUCCAAGUCCCCAGGCUGUAGCCCAGGCUCCUUGUCGCAUCUCUGCAGAGGAGUCCCUUCCCCCUCCGAAGUAGCCGGUGUGGACAAUGGAAGCCGAUCCAGCCAUGGCCACUCCCUCCGCUGCCUUUGAGGCCCUGAUGAACGGAGUGACGAGCUGGGACGUGCCCGAGGACGCCACCCCCUGCGAGCUGCUGCUGAUCGGCGAGGCGGCCUUCCCGGUCAUGGUGAACGACAUGGGGCAGGUGCUCAUCGCCGCCUCCUCGUACGGCCGCGGCCGCCUGGUGGUGGUGGCCCACGAGGACUACCUGGUGGAGACCCAGCUCUCGCCCUUUCUUCUCAACGCCGUGGGCUGGCUCUGCUCCUCCGCCGGGGCGCCGAUCGGGGUGCACCCUUCCCUGGCACCCCUGGCCAAAAUCCUCGAGGGCGCCGGCUUGGAGGCGAAGAUCGAGUCGGAAGUGAACGACUCCCUCGGGGUUUACUGCAUCGACGCCUACCACGAAACCAUGACGGAGAAGUUGGUCCAGUUCAUGAAACGUGGCGGCGGCUUGCUCGUGGGUGGCCAGGCGUGGGACUGGGCCAACCAGGGCGAUGACGAGAGGGUUCUCUUCACGUUUCCGGGCAACCUGGUGACCAGCGUGGCCGGCGUGUACUUCACCGACAACAAAGGGGACACGAGUUUCUUCAAAGUGUCCAAGAAGAUGCCCAAGAUCCCAGUCUUGGUGAGCUGUGAUGACGACCUCUCGGAGGACAGAGCGGAGCUCCUGCACGGCAUCUCGGAGCUGGACAUCACCAACUCGGACUGUUUCCCGUCGCAGCUGCUGGUGCACGGGGCGCUGGCCUUCCCGCUGGGCUUGGAUUCCUACCACGGCUGCGUCAUCGCGGCCGCCCGCUACGGCCGGGGCCGGGUGGUGGUGACCGGCCACAAGGUCCUGUUCACCGUCAGCAAGCUGGGCCCCUUCCUGCUCAACGCCGUGCGCUGGCUGGACGGGGGCCGCCGGGGCAAGAUCGUGGUGCAGACGGAGCUGCGGGCCCUGAGCAGCCUGCUGGCCGUGGGCGGCGUGGAGGCCAGCGUGGAGCCGCACCUCACCAGCGACGCCAGCGUCUACUGCUUCGAGCCCAUGAGCGACGUGGGCGUCAAGGAGCUGCAGGAGUUCGUGGCCGAGGGCGGGGGCCUGUUCGUGGGCGCGCAGGCCUGGUGGUGGGCCUUCAAGAACCCGGGCGUGUCCCCGCUGGCCCGCUUCCCCGGCAACCUGCUGCUCAACCCCUUCGGCAUCAGCAUCACCAGCCAGAGCCUGAACCCGGGGCCCUUCCGCACCCCCAAGGCCGGCAUCCGGACCUACCACUUCCGCUCCACGCUGGCCGAGUUCCAGGUGAUCAUGGGCCGCAAGCGCGGCAACGUGGAGAAGGGCUGGCUGGCCAAGCUGGGCCCCGACGGCGCCGCCUUCCUGCAGAUCCCCGCCGACGACGUCCCCGCCUACAUGUCCGUGCACCGGCUGCUCCGCAAGCUGCUCAGCCGCUACCGGCUGCCCGUGGCCACGCGCGAGAACCCCGUGAUCAACGACUGCUGCCGGGGCGCCAUGCUGUCCCUGGCCACCGGGCUGGCCCACUCGGGCAGCGACCUGGCCCUCCUGGUCCCCGAGAUCGAGGAUAUGUACAGCAGCCUCUACCUGCGGCCCUCGGAAACGCCCAUCACCGUGGACGUCAACUGCAACAACCCAGGCACCAGGUACUGCUGGAUGAGCACCGGGCUCUACAUCCCCGGGAGGCAGGUCAUCGAGGUCUCCCUGCCCGAGGCUGCCGCGUCUGCGGACCUGAAGGUGCAGAUCGGCUGCCACACUGACGACCUGACCAGGGCCAGCAAGCUGUUCCGGGGCCCGCUGGUCAUCAACCGCUGCUGCCUGGACAAGCCGUCCAAGUCCAUCACGUGCCUGUGGGGCGGCCUCCUCUACAUCAUCGUGCCUCAGAGCAGCAAGCUGGGCUCCGUGCCCAUCACGGUCAAGGGCGCCGUGCACGCGCCCUUCUACAAGCUGGGGGAGACGUCCCAGGAGGAGUGGAAGCGACGGCUCCAGGAGCACCCGGGCCCCUGGGGGGAGCUGGCCACGGACAACAUCAUCCUGACGGUGCCCACCGCCAACCUGCGCACGGUGGAGAACCCGGAGGCGCUGCUGCGGCUGUGGGACGAGGUGAUGCAGGCGGUGGCGCGCCUGGGGGCUGAGCCCUUCCCGCUGCGCCUGCCCCAGAGGAUCGUGGCCGACGUGCAGAUCUCAGUUGGCUGGAUGCACGCAGGGUACCCGAUCAUGUGCCACCUGGAGUCGGUGCAGGAGCUCAUCAACGAGAAGCUCAUCCGGACCAAGGGGCUGUGGGGGCCGGUGCACGAGCUGGGGCGCAACCAGCAGCGGCAGGAGUGGGAGUUCCCCCCGCACACCACCGAGGCCACCUGCAACCUGUGGUGCGUGUACGUGCACGAGACGGUGCUGGGCAUCCCCCGGGGCCGGGCCAACAUCGCCCUGUGGCCGCCGGUGCGGGAGAAGAGGGUCCGCAUCUACCUGAGCAAGGGCCCCAACGUCAAGAACUGGAAUGCAUGGACGGCGCUGGAGACCUACCUGCAGCUCCAGGAGGCCUUUGGGUGGGAGCCUUUUAUCCGCCUCUUCACCGAGUACCGCAACCAGACCAACCUGCCCACGGACAACGUGGACAAAAUGAACCUCUGGGUGAAGAUGUUCUCCCACCAAGUGCAGAAGAACCUGGCGCCGUUCUUUGAGGCCUGGGCCUGGCCGAUCCAGAAGGAAGUGGCAACCAGCCUGGCCUACCUACCUGAGUGGAAGGAAAAUAUAAUGAAACUGUACCUCCUCACACAGAUGUAAGGAGUGCCCAGCGAGGUGGCAGGCCCCACUGAAAUUGAAGUCAAGACAUGCAAAAGCCAACUGACACCUCUCAGCCAAGCAAACUGACAAGAUUUGGUUCUAAGCGAAGAAGAACUCCACCCAGGCCGGCCGGAGCAGGAUAGUGGACGCUCGGGAAAGCACCUUUCAGGCAGGACAUAAGCUGAUCCGAACCGCACGACCCCAAAGACACCUGGGCACCGAAGAGGUUUAUCUGUUCGCGAGUCAUACUGAGUCGUGACGCUGAACCCCGUCCCCUCCGACCCACUUUCGUGCUCAGACACAGGCAGUGUCCUAUUGCUACCGGUUUCAAGUCCCUUUGUCACUGUUAUUGUCACGGUGUUUUUUGCUGUUGUUGUUUGUAUGAAGGAACUGAAUAAACUGCCUGAGGAGAGGUAGGAGUUGGUGCUCCAGAAUAAAAAUCUUUCCUUUUUUUUUUCUUUUUGUGGAAAGAAAUAACCCCCUUAGCAUAUUAGCUAAUUCUCUAAUUAGAAUUAGAAUGAGAUGCCUCCCAUCCCCACUCCUGCUCUAGUGCUUAAGUGCUUCCAGAGUCUUCCCAGAAACAAGGAUUAAAACCCAAUUGGCCAGGGCAGCAGAGAACCCACACCAACUCCUAGAAAAGUCAACAGUUAUAUUGAUUCCUUGAUGCCAGUGGCCAGCCAGGAAUUCCCAGACAUUGCGCAGAGAAAGGGGAGUCAGAGGAAGGGAGAAUCAAGUGAGAGAAUAUAAGGAAAAUAACCAAUUUGAGUUAGGAGAUUUGAAAGUAAGCGUGCACACACACACACACACACACACACACACACACACACACACACACACACACCCCACAUACACCUGAAAGAAACUUUGUAAAAAAAUAAGUAAUUUAGAAAUUUUAUCUUCAGAAAGAUCUGGGGUAUUUUUAUAAGGUGAAAAUAAACACAGGGAAAAUAAAAGAAUUUUUUAGAAGUCCUUGUGAAAUUAAAGACUUUCAAACAUAGUAGACUGGAAAAGAAAAAUUAGAAAAUAUUCACAGAUUCAGAGCCAAAAAGAAAGAGCAGAGCAGAAAGUAUGAAUUAAGGAAAGAGACAGAGAAUCAGUAUCUAACUGUUGGAACUUCUGGAAGUACCAAUAAAGGAAAAUGGAAAGGACUGAUGAACAGAACAGUUUCCAGAUUGAGAUGCCCCCCCCCCAUUCUACUGAGAUUUGUACAAAUCUUGUGACUCUGUGGAAUAUUGGGAAAGGAGGAAAGACAUUAAAAGUGCCUGGAGAGAAAUUAAAUUUAGUUUUUUAUAAUUAGUACAAUAAGCAAGGGAUAAGGAACUGGCAGACAUUUCACCAGCACCACAGAAGGUGAGAAGCCAGUGGAGCAAUGUCUUCACAAAUGGAAAGUGUUUGCCCCACAGUUCCUAGAGUGCCCACCCUUAGAGUCACAUAAAAAGGAAGAUGUUUCAGGCUGGAGCAAUAGCACAGCGAGUAGGGCAUUGGCCUUGCACGCAGUCAACCUGGGUUCGAUUCCCAGCAUCCCAUAUGGUCCCCUGAGCAGCGCUAGGAGUAAUUCCUGAGUGCAGAUCCAGGAAUAACUCCUGUGCAUUGCUGGGUGUGACCUAAAAAGCAAAAAAAAAAAAAGGGGGGGGGGAGAUGUUUUUUGAUAUGCAAGUUUUCAAAGUCGCUACCCUGUGGACCCCUAGUGAGUGGGUACCUUGAGGAAGUUCUCUAGCAAAAAUGAAACAGAACCCCUAAAGUGAACUGGAAAAAGAAUAAAGUAGAAGUCCAAGAGGAAAGGUGUGGAAUCCAGAAAAUGGGGCUCUCAAUAAGAAUAUAUUACUCUAGAUUCACAGCUCUCCAGUAGGACACCUCACUCCAGAAUAAUGUUUAUUCCCACAGAACAACUCACCCCAGGCUAAUAGUUUCCCCACAGAACACCUCACUCCAGAGUAACAAUUCCCCCCCAGAAUACCCAACAGUUACCCCCACAGAAUGCCUCACUCCAGAAUAAUAGUCACCAACAGGACACUUCAGAGUGACAGUUACCAACAGGACACCUCACUCCGAAGUAAUGGUUACCAUCAGGAUACCUCGCUCCAGAGUGACAGUUACCAACAGGAUACCUCACUCUACAGUGACAGUCACCAACAUAAUACCUCACUUCAGAGUGACAGUCACCAACAUAAUACCUCACCAGAGUGACAGUCACCAACAUAAUACCUCACCAGAGUGACAGUCACCCAAAAGGACAUCUCCACAGUGAGUAACCAACAAGACAUCGCACUCCAUAGUGACAGUUACCAACAAGGCAUCUCCAGAGUGAGUUACCAACAGUACACUUCAGAGUAACAGCAAAAUGAUGCCUCACUACAGAGUAACAGUUACCCACACAAAAUACCUCACUCCAGAGUGAAGUUACCAGGAGGACUCUUAACUGCAGAGUAACAAUUGCCUCCACAGAACACCUCACUCUAGAGUAUCAGUUACCAUCACAGGAGGCAUCACACUUGAGUAAUGGUUAUCCAGCAGGACACCUCACUUUAGAGUGACAUUUACUGACAGGACAUCUCCCUUCAGAUUAGCAGUUUUUUCCACAGAACACCUCACUCCAGAGUAAUAAUUAUCCCCACAGAACAGCUCCCGGAUUAGAAUUACUCCUCUAGAACGUCUCAACCUAGAGUAAUGGUUACUCACAAGACAGACCUCACUCCACAGCGAGUUAUCAGCAGGACACCUCACUUCAGAGUUACAGUUCUUUCCACAGAACCCCUCACUCCAGAGUAAGUUAUCCCUGAUGAACACCUCACUCUUAGAGUAAUGAUUACCCAACAGGACAUCUCACUCCAGAGUGACAGUUACCAACAGGACAUCACUCCUGGGUGACAUUUACCAACAGUGCACCCCCAGAGUCGCAGUGUUCAACAGGACACAACUCCCAAAUGACAAUUACAACAGGAUACCUCACUCUAGAGGGAUGGGUAUCCAACAGACACCACCCUCAAGAAUGACAGUUUUCAAAGAGCAUGAUUCACUCUGGAGUGAUGAUCCAACAGGACGCCUCAUUCAAGUGACUGUUACUUGACAGGACAUAUCACUAGAGUGAGUUACCUACCUGCCAGGACUCUUCAGUCUGGAGUGACAGCUGUCUGAUAAGAUACUUCCUCUGGAGUGAUGGGUCUCCAGCACACCCAUUUCAGAUAAGAAUGCAAGUCUGAGGCUGUCGGGGGGAAAAAUCUACCUUGAGUAUCAUAGAGUACUAUUGAGAAGCUGGGAUGUUUGAGAAUAUAGAGAAUAAGCAUUCUUUAGUCAACAAAAACUAAAGUAGAACAAUAUCAAGAAAUUCAUACCCAUGAAGCAGCAACAAAAUGUACAUGCACUGUAAAUAGUCUCCAUUUAACAUUGGUGUGGGUAUAUUUCUUUUUCCGUGGCACAGACAUCACGACAUUGUGUAUGGAUGAUAACACCCUGCUUAGCUUUUAGUAAGCAGUAUUUACAUGGACACAAUAAUGAAGAUGGCACUCAGUGUUCUAUAUCAUCAGCCUAGACGCAAAUUAUGAAAGAGUUUGUUACUCAGAAAAGAUGAAAAUGAAUCCUGACAAGUUAAGGGAGAAGAACAGAAAGAGGUUGAGACUCGUAGAGAUGAGAGAGAAGGAAGACUAGGGCUAAUCUAUAUAAUAAAGUAGGAAUCAAAAGCAAAGUCCACAGUAAUGAGUUUAAAAAAAAACUCUUGAAAAAGUGUACUUUCCAAAAUGAUAAGUUAAACCAAUGGAAGUGUUAAAAAAAAAUCACAUCAAGAGCAUAUGGAAAGCUAGGGGUAGUUAAAUCCUUAUCUUUUGUAAUGGUGGAUUGUUAAAAAUUGAAGUUAAUAAGUCAAGAAAUUAUUGUUCAAACAUAUUUAAUGCUAGGAAGUUAUUUGCCAGAAAAUCUGAAAAAUAAAAAAUUUUAAAAGCAAAAAUAAUAAUCUUGUUUCUAGAGAUAAGACUAGAGUUUAAAGGAUGGGGUCAGAAAUCUUGGGGUUUUUCAUUUUAAAUCCUUCUGUACUAUUUUAUUUUUUAUCCUGUGCAUGUAUUACUUUGAAAGUUUUUAAUAAACUCUGCUAAAAAUUC